AGAAGAGUAUAAUAAUAGUAAUGGUAAGGUAAUACUAGUAGGCGGGCAUGGAAGGGACUCAAGGAUGAGGUGUGACUGAUUGGAUGAUGGGAAGGGAAAGGCGGCGGUUAACUCACCUUAACCAGUGGGGGGCAAAUGGGUCGGAUUUGUCAGGAUUUCCAAUCGAACAGCCCGAUCGAGAGAUGAUCAAUAAAUACCUAGAACUAGUGAAAGGAAGGGAAAACUCGGAGAAGAGAAGAGAGAAGAAGAUUGAAAAGAAGUCAGAAGAGAGGAAGAGAAGAGAAGAGAAAGUGAACAGGUGACGAUGAUGGUCCCGUGCCUUGAUUGGACCGUUGGUCUGAGCUCCGUCUAUUCUUGAGGUAUCCAUUAGCAUCACUCAAUACUGUUAACAUAGCUCAAUCAUAUACAA